AUGAAAUUCUCCAAAGUCUCGCUAUUGGCUGCAUCUGCAUCCGUCGCUUUAUCUGUCCCAGUGGCCGUGACCGUCACUCAGCACGUCCAUGAAGCUGCCACCGUGAUGGUGCAAGGGAUCGUGUACGUGGAAAACGGCCACACUCUAACCUCGUUGGUUACCGAGGGUGUUCCCACCGCACCAGGCGCUCCUGCCACUGCCACUGCCACUGCCACUGCUCCUAUUGUAGUUGCCAAUGCUCAGGUGGACAACGUAGCUCCCUCCGCUACCCAGGAGGGCACACCGGUUGUAGAAUCUUCUGUUUCCACACAAAUUCAAGUCUUUACCACCGUUUCCACCAUUAAAUCGGUACAAGCCACCCAGCAGGCCGCCCAGGAUGAUGUGACUUCGUCUUCGUCCUCGACACCAUCAACUCCAUCCACCACCUCUGCCACUCCAUCCACCACCUCUACCACUCCAUCCACCACUUCUACCACUUCAUCCACCACUUCUACCACUUCAUCCACCACUUCUACCACUCCAUCCACCACUUCUACCACUUCUACCACUCCAUCCACCACCUCUACUACAUCUACCACUCCAACCACCACCUCUACCACCUCUGCCACUCCAUCCUCCACCAGCACUCAAUCUACCGCCUCAGCCGCCCAAUCUUCUUCAGGCUCCGAUUUCGCCACGUCAAUGGUUAACGAACACAACACGAAGAGAGCUUUGCACAAGGACACAGGCUCGUUGACUUGGUCCGACACCUUGGCUACAUAUGCGCAAAAUUACGCCGACUCCUACGACUGUUCAGGAAACUUGGUCCAUUCCGGCGGCGCUUAUGGUGAAAAUUUGGCACUAGGCUAUGGCACAACCGCUUCUGUCGAUGCUUGGUACAACGAGAUUUCAAGCUACGACUAUUCCAACCCAGGUUUCACUGAAGAUGCUGGUCAUUUCACCCAGGUCGUCUGGAAGGGGACUUCCCAAGUCGGUUGCGGUUUGAAAUCUUGUGGUGGCCAAUGGGGCGAUUACGUCAUUUGCUCUUACCAGAACCCUGGUAAUUACAUUGGCGAAUUCGCUGAAAACGUUAUGCCAUUGGCUUAA